CCCGCCGCUCCGCGCCGGCGCUGCUGGGUUAGGCUGUGCCCGGAGGCUGGCGGGCUGCCUGGCUCCGUGACAAGUUGGCUUCAGGGAAGCGGCCCGUGCCCCUCCAAGGCUGUUGGACCACUGGAAGCUGCUGCUUGAUUUAGGCCCACCUCCUGCUGCUGCUUGAUUUAGCCAGCAGCCCGAGCCAUGCAGCGGUGUAAGGCGGCCUAGCCCUGGCUUGAGAGAGGAGGAGGAGGAGGAGGAUGCCGCGGUCUCCCAGCCAGUUGGGGCAGAGCGCUCGCUGCCCUCCCCGUGCUUCUGCUUGCCGCUGCGGCUCCUCUCCCUGCUCCCCAGUUGCCCUUGCUGCCUGCCGGGCUUCCUUCUGAUUCUGCCGUGCUUGCAGAGCGGGGAUGGUUGGCCUCCCAGACUGGCAUGUCGUCCUGGACGACCACUCUUAAGGGCGACACCACAGCUCCCAAGUUCUUUGUGGGCUCCCGAGAUGACGAGGUGGACUUCCUGGGAUCAGACAUGAAGAUGGAUGAGAUUGACUUCUUUGAGGAUGAGGAGGAGGAGGAAGCGUCGCCUCCGGAGCGGCAGAUUGUGGUUGGCAUUUGUGCCAUGACCAAAAAGUCCAAAUCCAAGCCCAUGACACAAAUCUUGGAGCGGUUGUGCAAGUUUGAGUACAUCACCGUGGUGAUCAUGGGGGAAGAUGUCAUCCUGAACGAGCCCGUGGAGAACUGGCCGCCCUGCGACUGCCUCAUCUCUUUCCACUCCAAAGGAUUUCCGCUGGACAAGGCGGUUGCUUACGCCCGGCUUCGCAGCCCUUUCCUGAUUAAUGACCUUGAUAUGCAAUAUUACAUUCAGGACAGGCGGGAGGUGUAUCGGAUCCUGCAGGAAGAGGGAAUAGACCUACCCCGCUAUGCUGUGCUCAACCGAGACCCUGACAAGCCGGACGAGUGCAACCUCGUGGAGGGGGAGGACCACGUGGAGGUGAACGGGGCCGUUUUCCCCAAGCCGUUUGUAGAGAAGCCCGUCAGUGCUGAGGAUCACAACGUCUAUAUCUACUAUCCCACGUCAGCUGGUGGGGGCAGCCAGCGCCUUUUCCGCAAGAUUGGCAGCCGGAGCAGCGUCUACUCCCCAGAGAGCAAUGUGCGGAAGACAGGAUCCUACAUCUAUGAGGAGUUCAUGCCCACAGACGGCACAGAUGUUAAGGUGUACACCGUUGGCCCUGACUAUGCUCAUGCGGAGGCACGGAAGUCCCCUGCUCUGGAUGGAAAGGUUGAACGAGAUAGUGAAGGGAAAGAGAUCCGCUACCCAGUUAUGCUAACUGCCAUAGAGAAGCUGGUGGCCAGAAAAGUCUGUGUGGCCUUCAAGCAGACCGUGUGUGGCUUCGACCUCCUACGGGCCAAUGGCCACUCCUUCGUCUGUGACGUCAACGGCUUCAGUUUUGUGAAGAACUCCAUGAAGUAUUAUGACGACUGUGCCAAGAUCCUUGGGAACAUCAUAAUGCGUGAAAUGGCGCCCCAGUUCCAGAUCCCCUGGUCCAUCCCCACAGAAGCUGAAGACAUCCCCAUUGUGCCCACCACUUCAGGGACGAUGAUGGAGCUGCGCUGUGUGAUUGCAGUUAUACGGCAUGGUGAUCGUACCCCCAAGCAGAAGAUGAAAAUGGAGGUGAAGCACUCUAGGUUCUUUGCAUUAUUUGAAAAAUACGAGGGCUACAAGACUGGGAAGCUGAAACUGAAGAAGCCUGAGCAGCUUCAGGAGGUGCUGGACAUUGCCCGACUGUUGGUGCUGGAGCAGGAGAGUCACAGUGACUCUGAGGUGGAGGAGCGGAAAUCCAAACUGGAGCAGCUCAAGACUGUCCUGGAGAUGUAUGGACAUUUCUCUGGCAUCAACCGCAAAGUCCAGCUGACUUACCUACCCCACGGCCGGCCGAAAGCAUCCAGUGAAGAGGAAGAUCCUUGCAAAGACGCGUCUCCAUCUCUGCUGCUGGUGCUGAAGUGGGGGGGCGAGCUGACUCCUGCCGGGAGAGUCCAAGCGGAGGAGCUGGGCCGGGCCUUCCGCUGCAUGUACCCAGGGGGCCAAGGGGACUAUGCUGGCUUCCCGGGAUGUGGCUUACUUCGGCUGCACAGCACUUACCGCCACGACCUCAAGAUCUACGCCUCCGAUGAAGGCAGAGUCCAGAUGACAGCAGCAGCAUUUGCAAAGGGCCUCCUUGCUCUAGAGGGGGAGCUGACGCCCAUCCUGGUGCAGAUGGUGAAGAGUGCCAACAUGAACGGCCUCCUGGACAGCGAUGGCGACUCCCUUAGCAGCUGCCAGCACCGAGUGAAGGCGCGUCUCCGGGACAUCAUGCAGAAGGAUGCCACGUUCUGUGAAGAGGACUACGAGAAGCUGGCGCCUACGGGCAGUGCCUCGCUCACCAAGUCCAUGGGCAUCAUCCAGAAUCCUGUGGAAAUCUGUGAUCGUGUCUUUGACCUGAUUGAGAGCCUCACGUCCCAGAUCCAGAAACGUUUGGAAGACCCCAUAUCUGCAGACCUGCAGCUGUACCACAGUGAGACCCUAGAGCUGAUGCUGCAGCGCUGGAAGAAGCUGGAGCAGGACUUCCGCUUGAAGAACAGCCGCUAUGACAUCAGCAAGAUCCCGGACAUCUACGACUGUGUCAAGUACGACGUGCAGCACAACACCACCCUCAAGCUGGAGGGCACCACGGAUUUGUUCCGGCUCUCCAAGGCCCUGGCGGACAUCGUCAUCCCUCAGGAAUAUGGCAUUAAAAAGCAAGAGAAGCUGGAUAUUGCCGUUGGCUUUUGCCUGCCGCUCAUCAGGAAGAUCCAACUGGACCUGCAGAGGACCCAUGAGGAUGAAUCCGUCAACAAACUGCACCCCUUGUACUCGAGAGGGGUCCUGUCUCCAGGGCGCCAUGUCCGAACGCGCUUGUACUUCACCAGCGAGAGCCACGUCCACUCCCUGCUCAACGUCUUCCGCUACGGGGGCCUCCUGGAUGAAUCUAGAGACCCGCAGUGGAAGAGGGCCAUGGACUACCUCAGCGCCAUUUCAGAGCUGAACUACAUGACGCAGAUAGUCGUCAUGCUCUAUGAGGACAACAACAAGGAGCCGUCCUCUGAGGAGAGGUUCCACGUGGAGCUGCAUUUCAGCCCAGGAGUGAAGGGCUGCGAGGAGGACGGCAGUGCCCCGGCGGGAUGCGGCUUCCGCCCAGCGUCAGCAGAGAAGGAAGUGAAGCAGCCCGAGCGGAGCAGCCUGGAGGACGUGGCCCGGCCAAAGGCCACCGAUGAGGCAGACCGGGGCCAGCAGCCGUUGGAACCCAUCUACAUUCAGCGGCGAUCCCCUCUGAUACGGAACCGCAAGGCCGGCUCCAUGGAGGUGCUUUCGGAGUCCUCCUCCAAGUCCGGAGGGUAUCGCCUCUUCUCCUACUCCAGGCAUUCCUCAGAAGUAAAGCAGAGCGGCUUAGGGUCACAGUGUACGGGGCUGUUCAGCACUGCGGUCCUCGGAGGUUCCUCCAGCGCCCCAAACCUCCAGGACUAUGCCCGCAGCCACGGGAAAAAGUUUGCUUCCAGCUUUCUGUACAAGGAUGAGCUCUUGUCUAUGCCAGCCGUAAAGCGGUUUUCUGUGUCAUUUGCAAAGCAUCCAACUAAUGGUUUUGAAGGCUGCUCUAUGGUGCCCAGCAUCUAUCCCUUGGAGACCCUGCACAACUCACUCUCCCUGCGCCAGGUCAACGAUUUCCUGACCGCCAUCUCCAGGAGCUGCUGCAGCCCCCACCCCGGAGCCCCCACAGCACUUUUGGAUUCCCUGAUGGACAGCUCGAUGCCAGGGGAUACCUUCAUGCCACAGCAAAUUCUGUCUUCCUCUUCUCUGCCACUGCGUUCCCGCCCGGACAAGCCCCCUUGGUACAGCAGUGGCCCCUCCAGCACCGUCUCCAGCGCAGGGCCUUCGUCCCCCACCUCCUUGGAGAGCUGCCCCUGCUUCAGCUUCUCCGAAAAGCCUCCCUUCAGCUCCCUAGCCAGCAAGGACAGGCUGCCUAGGGAGGGGCCUCUCCAUGAAGAAGUGACCCUGCAGGACAGUGGUGGAGCCUGGAAGGAGAUACUGGAGGUGGGCGAGGAGGGGAUGAGGCAGCCUGUCCCAGGGCCGUGGGAGCAGCCCUUCCCAGCAGAGGCCGAGCCCCGGGGGAUCCCUCUGCUGCCACUGGGACCGGGGGUGGAGGAGGCCGAGAGUGAGCCAUUGCCGGCGAUGCUGGGGCUGCUGGAGGUGGACAGUGGAGGGGUCAGUGGACAGGGUGAACAAGAAGAAUCGCCUGGCGGGCAAGAGCCAGGAUUGGAAGAGGCUCUGCUCAGCCCCUUUCUCCCUGCUAAGGAAAGCGCUGAGAAAGAAGCUGCCGUCUAGCAAGCGGCGGGCCCCAGUCUGCGAGCAGGCAGGGACCCUUGUUGGGCACCGGCACCUGUUCCAUCUUGCUGUGGUUCUGCCUGGGCAAGGGUCCACCUCCAGCUCUGGAAUGCAGUAUGAUCGGGAAACACUGUGCCCCAGCUGCAAGGUUGCUGGUUGCAGAAUGGAGUUGCCCCUCUGGCCCCUGAGCAUAAGGCUUUGGCCUCGAUCAAGGUGGCCGGCCGGGAUGCCCUCGUCCUGCAAAGCUUCCACCUGCUGCUGCUGCUGCUGCUGCCUGAAGGAAGGGGCUACUCGGGAGGCAGUGCAGCUGGAGGAGUCUCAGGCCCAGGUUGGAGGGGGGCAGCAGCCGGCUCCCCCUUUCCCUGUGUGCAUGUGUGAGAGUUGGGCAGGUCUUUCUUGCUGGAGGCUCCAACUCCCCUGGCAACCGCCAAGAUAAACAGCUGCUUUGAGAAAUCAGGCUUUCUUCGGAACAGGUGGAUGAAAUGCCAAAUGGUGUACAGUGGAGAGCAAAUAUUUAAUAUAUUCUUAGCAUCAACAGAAGGGGUCUGGGAGUCCAGGUCUCCCCCCUCCCCUGUUCAUGUGUCUGUGGUUCAGAUAUGUCUGUUUCUUUUGCUACCAAUUGUGAAGCUGUCUCCACUAAUCCUUCUUGUGCUGCAUAUUCUAAGCAAAGUAAAGUGCGA